UUCAAGCUGCAUACAUUCAAGGAUUUUCAUACAAUGGAAUUCUCGUUUUCAACAUGGUACAAACAUUUGGAAAAAAAUCUAAUGAUGAAUUUUUUAAUAAUGAUAAGUUCACCUUUUUGACAAAAAUAAUAAAUGCACUUUUUUUUGCAGGUAAAAAAAUGUGCAUUUAUUAUUUUUGUCUGCAGGAGCCUGUAAAGCAUUGCACCAGUGAUCAGAAGAUUGCUGAAGCCAUGCAGGUCUCCUGCAGACCUGUCAGAAUAUCUGCU